GUAGGGUAUGACUAUGGUCUAUGCGCCUUUCGGACCUUGCAGAAGUCAAUGCGAUCACCAUGGAGGUGACGGAGAUAGUCAUCGUCUUCGAUGUGCUGGCUAUUGGCGUCGAACUGCUAGGAAUUACAAACUCCGGCAGUUGCGGGAUCUUGCGAUUUCGUUGGUCGUGAAUCAAUUGGGAAUGGUUGAACUGCGGAGUGCUUAUCUACCUUCUUGUCCGCGGACUCCAGUUCUACCCCAGCCCUAUCCAACCCCAUGAUGCAGGGCUGUUCGCGUAGGGAACUCUGCUCCAUUCCAGAGUUUAUCGUCCAGAGAUCACACCGGUGAUCGGGAGUUCUUCCGCAGGUCCGCCCUUCGGCUCCGACGGAAGCGCCAUAGGAUUUCGAUCCUUCACCCCGCUUAUGACGUCACCAAUGAAUCGUUCACAUAUAAGGUGCAACUCCCCGCUCUCCGCCGCCUGCAAACUGCUCUUUCUCCUUCAGUCACCUUCUUACUGUCACCAGAGCCGAAAUAAAAGAUCAGCAUCGAAGCCCUCAACAUGUCGUCCCUGUUCGGCACCAAGGAUGAGGAGUAUAAGAAAGCAGAGGAUAUCGAUCUGACCGGAACUGAGACGGAGAUCAAUAAAGCCACCAAUGUCGAUGACCCGAAGAACGCGAGCGACCAAGAGCGUAAAGGGCUGGGAGAGGGCGCGGAUAAGGGGGCGUAA